AUGGCAGUACGUUCCAAUAGACAGAUACUGACGCAAGGUCAGAAGUAUGUCAGUAAGCAACAUAGGAAGUUUGGUGCUGAUGAGGUCACGUUCGACAAGGAUUCCAGACUGGAUUACCUAACAGGUUUCCAUAAACGUAAAGUUCAAAGACAGAAGAAAGCUCAAGAGUACAAUAAGGAAAGAGAUAGAUUAGCAAAGAUUGAUGAGAGGAAAAAGGUUCGUGACGAGAGAAAACAAAUGAUGGAGCAACAGAUGUUGGAUUUUAAGAGAACAAUGAACUUGCAACUGGGUUCCGAUGAUGAGGGAGGAAAUGAAGGUGAAAAGAUAAAUUAUGACCAUGAAUGGGAAGGCUUUAAAUCAGACGAAGAGAAAGAAUCUGAAUCGAACGAUAGUGAAAGCGUGAAACCUAUUUUGAAAAAGAACGUCUUGGAAACAGCGGUAUAUACAGAUGAUACUACAGUUGAGCUUGAAGCGCUUGAACCAAAUGAUAACUUCGAAUACCUUGCAAAAUUAAACAACGUCAAAUUAGAGAAGUCCUCUGAAAUUCUAGAUGAAAGUAUAACUAGAGCUAAGAAAUAUGCUAAGUUUGUAGGAAUGGUCGAUAAAGAUGAAGGCAAGGUAAAUAAAAACCAAAAGUAA